AGAAUUCAGAAGUCUGAGUUAUAAAAAUCAAGAUCAUUUUUCUAAAAACACAUGAACUUUGGAAGGAAAACCUUCAAUUUGUGUAACUCAGACUAAUGAAGCUUCAUUCUAGCUUUGCCUGUACCUAAAACAUUUGUUCACGCGACAAAGACUGAAGAUUUUAUGUCCCAUUUUGUUUACACUGCAGUCAAGGUAGGAGGGGAAAAACUUCAGAGCCAUGAACAAAACAAUCAUUUUAUUGAUCAAAUGGCAUGUGAGUCUGGAGCUAUUCUUUAUGGCAGCUGAAUAUACCGCAUUCAGGAUGUACCCUUUCACGCCAUUUAAGCACAGUUACUUGACUGUGUUGAUCUGCAUUUUGGUUCUUCAUCACACUUGAUACAUGAGCGAGUCAGUUAUCCAGUUGUUACAACAUCUCCACAUACACGGCAGGUUAAAGGACACUAAAUAACUAAAUUAUGGUUUGAAUUAGAGUGAUUUUAAUUAUGCAGAGAAAGUAACUAAACUGUCUUUAGUUUAUAGUGAAUGAGUUGGUGUUGUUGAGGUGUUUCUUAUGUUGUUUCUCAACAGUCACUUUGGAAAAAGACCAGCUGCAGACCAGAUACGACAAACUGUACAACAACUACAGCGAGCUGCAGGGACAACUUUUAGAUGAACAUCAGUCAGUUACAGAGCAGUUACGAGACACUGAGUGAAAAUCAGGAUGAAGUAAAGCGGCUGAAGGACAAAAUUAAAGAGAAGUGUUGUCCUGAAGGAUGGAAGAGAUUUGGAUUCAGCUGUUACUUUAAAUCCAAUGAGACGAAAACUUGGUAUGAGAGCAGAAGUGACUGUCAAAGUAGAGGAGCACAUCUGGUGAUCAUAAACAACAAAGAGGAACAGAAAUGUGUCACUGAGCUGAACAAGGAUGGAGACUCCUGGAUUGGUCUACGGGCCAUAGAACGGACAGGAUGGAAAUGGGUGGACGACUCGCCGCUGACACUAAAGUUCUGGGCAACAGGACACCCGCACAGCAACAAAUAUUACGCUGCUGCCUGCUGCAAUAAACAAGGAAAUUGGACGAGCAGAUAUAAUGAUCAGAAGAAGAACUGGAUCUGUGAGAAAUAGAUUUCCUGUUUAUCUUGAGGACAGAGGGGUGUGUAGUGUUGGGAUCAACUUUGUCAAAUCAGACCAACUCACAUUUUACAUUUCUUCAGUUGUUCAUUCUGUGUUGCAUCCUGAACAACCUGGAUUACAUAGAUAUUGUUCCUCUGCCCUACACAGUGAACAGUCUGGUUGGAAGUCAUCCACACAACUACAUGUGCACUUACCCUCUCUGCAGAGAGGGAUAUUACAACAGCCUGUUUUCAAAAAGCCUAAGAUGUCACAUACAUGACAACAAGGGGAAAGACGGCUCCUUUCUGUUUCAGUGUUAUUUAAGCCAUGAUCAUAAAGGACAAACCUCAUAGGCUUCUUCCACAGACCACUUACUGAUGUAGUUACACUUGGGAGGAGGAAAGAUUACGAAUGUGUUUUGGAGAGAAGAAUACACCUGAUUUUGAAUAAGAUUUCAAUCCAUCUUUAAUGCUUAGUUGCAUUUACACUUGGGCUGUUUUGCUAAUCAAAAGAUAUCAAAUCCACACGAUGCAUGAACUGAUAAUAAGUCACCUCCCCUGUAUGUGUGUCAGUAAGGAUGAUAUUCAAUCAUCUCUUUUGUUUUCUUCAUAAAAUUACAAGAGAACAGUUAUGUGUUUAACAUCUUAGGUUUAUUAUCAUCAUUGAACCAUUAAUACUUGUCACGUCAUUUCAUCUACUAGACAGAACAUAAAUAACUGGUCAACACAUCACAUUUCCUGUGUCAGAGAUGCAUGUGUGAAUAAACUAUAUGGAGAACAUGAAUGCAGCUUUGCACAAAUGUGUGAAUGUGAGCACAAACCUGCUGUUGAGUGAAAACCAUAUACUUCCUCAGUGUCAUUGACAAAAAACAUCUUUAUGUUUCAGCUUUAAAUAUAGUUUUAUGUAGUUUAUGCCUCAAUUAAAGUCAAGUCUUCAAUAAUA